AUGGUGGAGCAGGGAGACGAGGCGCCGCUUCUGCGCUGGGCCGAGGGCCCAGCUGUGUCCCUGCCGCAGGCCCCCGAGCUCCAGGCCGGCGGCCGGGGAUGGGGCGCCGGGGGCGGCGGCGGGGGCCUGGGAAGCGGACCUGCAUCCGGGGCCCGGCGGGCUGCAGAGCCCGGGAAGAAGAAGAAGAAGGAGGAGGAGGAAGAAGAGGAGGAGGCGGAGUUCGGUCCGGGGGAACUGCUGCGGCAGCAGUCCGGGCGUCUGUCUUUGGAGGAGGAGGAGGACCAGGUGGUGGCCGUGUUCGUGGUCACUUUCGAUCCCCGCACUGGUAACAUGUUGGAAUGGUGUCUGCCUCAAGAUAUUGAUCUGGAAGGAGUUGAAUUCAAGUCUAUGGCCAGUGGGUCCCAUAAAAUUCAGUCUGACUUCAUCUAUUUCCGGAAAGGGCAUUUCUUUGGCCUUGCCUGCUUUGCUAACAUGCCUGUGGAGAGUGAACUGGAGCGUGGAGCACGUAUGAAGUCCGUGGGCAUUCUUUCGCCUUCCUAUACCCUCCUUUACAGAUACAUGCACUUUUUAGAGAAUCAAGUCCGACACCAGCUGGAAAUGCCGGGGCAUUAUUCUCAUCUGGCUGCGUUCUAUGAGGACAAAAAAGGUGUGCUUCAUGCUGGUGAAGGAAAACCCAACUCUGUGCACCCCGUUCACUGGCUGCCCUCCAUCCAUCGAUACAUGUACCCGGAGAUGAAGAUCACACACCCAGCUGGCUGCAUGUCUCAGUUUAUUAAGUUCUUUGGAGAGCAAAUCCUGAUCCUUUGGAAGUUUGCUUUGCUUCGAAAACGCAUUUUGAUAUUCUCUCCUCCACCUGUGGGAGUUGUGUGCUACAGAGUAUAUUGCUGCUGCUGCCUGGCCAAUGUCUCUCUGCCAGGCAUAGGAGGAACAAUUCCUGAAUCCAAACCCUUUUUUUACGUGAAUGUAGCAGAUAUUGAGAACCUAGAGAUAGAAGUAUCUUAUGUCGCUUGUACAACAGAGAAGAUCUUUGAAGAGAAGCACGAUUUGUAUGAUGUUUAUGUGGACAACCAGAAUGUGAAGACACACCAUGAACACCUGCAGCCACUGCUUAAGCUCAAUAGUGCUGAUAAAGAAAAAUACCGGAGACUUAAUGAGCAGAGGCAGAUGCUGUUGUACUCUCAAGAGGUGGGUGAGGACUGCAACCCAUGUGAAGAAGACCUCUUUGUUCUGUUUUUCCUGGAGCAGAACAACAGGAUAUUCCAGACUUUGCUAGAGGUCUCUGCAAGCCAGGACAAGACCUUGACAGCAGAGCAUGCCCGGGGCAUGGGCCUGGACCCCCAAGGGGACCGAAGUUUCCUUAUAGACCUGCUGGAAGCAUAUGGCAUUGAUGUGAUGCUGGUCAUUGAUAAUCCCUGCUGCCCUUAGAGACGGCUGGUGAAGAAAUGACUCCCUCAUGUGAAGAGAAGUGCACCCCUGGAGUUUACCCCACUGGCUCCCAAAGGAUUCAUUUUUAUUUUAACAAGUUUAUAAAAAAAAACAUUAUUUAUACUUUUCAACAAGUGUAACUUUUACAUUUUCCUUUUUCCCCCCUUUCCUAUCCCUCAAAUUGUGAAUGACCUUGGUUUUGUAUUCUGGCUUUGAUAGAACUUUCACCCCAAAGCUGCCCAGGUUUUUUGGCCUGGUCUGACCUUGGGAAGUGAGAGAGAAAGCUGAUUUCUUAAGGAGAUCUUCUAGAGUGACUCAGGGAUGAGAUUGAGUGGAAGAUCUGUUACCAGGACAAGUUAUUGGAAGCCCACUUCUCUAAAACACUGGAAUGGACUUCAGGAAGGUUGUAGAAUUUCUGUUAACCGGCAACAUUCAAGAGAAGACAACCAUCUGCCCAGUAUGACUGAAAUAGACCUUUACCUGAAGGCAAGGGCCCAGAUACCCUCUCCAAGUCCCUGGAUGCAUUUUAGGAUUUUGAUCCUCUGAUCUCAUCAUGAUUUCCUGUUUGGUGACAGUUGCUUCAACUAAAUGAAGUAUCCUUUUGGUGGCAGUGACUGUAGGGCAGGACACAAGUAUGCUUCUCAAUCUACUUACUACUGUAAACUGGUAUGAAUGUCAUAGGAAACUUGCAAGAGUUGAAUGAGGCCCUGACACCUUUCUAGGACUACUACAGGCCAUUCAUUCCCUUUUCCCUCAUUCUAUAUAGCUCAGGCUAUAUCUUGGAUGAGGGCAGGAGUUGACUACCAUGCCCAUUUUCAAAAAUCUUCCCACCAUUUAAUUUCCACUGAGGGCUAUGUGUUGCUGGGUUUAAAGGGCAGGGUUUAUUUUAUAGCAUAGAAAAGUGGCAUGAAACUGAAAGGAAGGUUAAACUCUUCAAAGGGUUACGGGAGACCUUUUGUGACAGAAUCUAGUGAGUACUGGGGCUAGUUAGCUCAAUUGGUCAGAGUAUCACAUUAAACAGAGGUAAGGAAAUGGAUGUGAUCUCUUUUAAAGGCCCUACUUAUCUUUAGUAGGAAGGGCCAUUUAUGGCAUUCUUGAGUCUAGUAACUGAAGUGGGGACAGAGAAGUUUAAUUUAUUCCCUUCCUAGAUAGGAAGGAACCUCAACAGUGCCUUCUCUCAGGGUAUAGUGGUCAAGAAACCACUGAACGUGAGUUGUGGGUACAUCCAAGUUCCCAGAGAGCUUUCUGUCUGGAUGUCUUUCACAGCCACGCUGUAAGUGGGGAGUGACUGCCCUCCUGUUAACUUGGGGGAAGAAGAGGGGAAUUGUUAGUCAGCUGCAGUCAGCAGCCUGCUUCUGUAAGCUAUAAAGAGACCUUUCACAAUCUAGGCCCACAGAAGUGGUGGGGUAGAAGCUAUUCUUUCUGUUGGAUCUCAGUUGGGAGCCAGUCUCAGUUUCCAUAGCCUGGGCUAUGGGAAGCACUUUCUCCCUCUCACUAUGUUAUUUUAAUAUGAAUAUCUAUGACCAUGAUCCACCAGAUGAAUUGCCACAGUUGGGAAGAACAAUGAGGAAAUAGUAAAUUAUGUUUCUUACCAUCAGGACUGACAAAGGCUUCCACUUUUUUAAGAAGUGUUUGCUGAGCCUGGCUUUUAGGGUGUGAAAUUCAAGUACUGUGAAAUGAAGAUAUAUAUGUGAUAGUAAUACACUGUCUUUAAAAUGCCCCCACAACGCAUAGGAUCUAAAGCUUAAAGAGACUUUUGGGGAUAUAUAUUCAACCUGAGGUACAAUCCAGCCCCUUCUGUCAUUACCCACUAAUUUUGCCUUAUGCUAGCAGGUAAGGCUUUUACCCUCUAAUCUCUGCAGAGCUUACACACCUAUGUCUAACCAUCACCAUCAAAUCCCUUGGAGCAGGCUGGAAACCAAGAGCCUGGGCCUCAUGAUGGAGAGGCACUCGCUUAGGUACAGAGGAUGUCAGAACUACGUAAGAGGCAUUAGCUAGAACAAGUCGUUCUGUGGACUCCAAACGUGUUAUUUCUUUAAAGUCCGGCUCACUUUGCAGAGUUGAACAAUGGCAGUACUCAUCACUGUAAGGCAAGGAGACAGGAUUCAAAUCUGUCUGACAUGAGCUUUCUGAUCUAGUUAUACCUGAAGCAUUCCUGUUCCCUAGGACGGUGAUUACCCCUCUUGGUUUGCAGUACUGGACCAGGGGCUUUGUACGCUACUGAACCAUAGUAAACAGUCAUUGACUUGAGCCAUCAAAGCAUCACAGAUGUUUUUCAUUCCAAUUUGGGGGG